GAAACAUGCGUGGCUUACAUGCGUUCUACAACCUUUGAUCUUCCCUUACAACGAAGGUCUACGGAUUUCGCCGGUCGAAGCCUAAGUUCUUGUCGAGUGUUUAAUAGUUUUGGCUGAUUCAUUACUCUAGGAUAUUCAAAAUGGCAAAAGUGGUUCCAAGUGAGAAAAAGCUACAUUUUAUUGAGAACUUUGGACUUAGUGGUGCUGCUGCUAUCAUUUCCAAAACUGCUGCUGCCCCAAUUGAGAGAGUGAAGCUUCUUGUUCAAAAUCAAGAUGAGAUGUUGAAGGCUGGACGUUUGGAUACCCCAUACAAGGGUGUUGUGGACUGUACGAUGAGGACAUACAGAGCUGAGGGUUUUCUUUCUUUCUGGAGAGGUAACCUUGCCAAUUGCAUCCGUUACUUUCCAACGCAAGCUUUGAACUUUGCUUUCAAGGAUCAGAUUAAGGCCCUUUUCAAACCCAAGAAAACUGAUUCCUAUGGGACCAAGUUUAGCAAGAAUAUUGCCUCUGGUGGAGCUGCUGGUGCCAUGUCCUUGUUGUUCGUCUACUCUCUGGAUUACUGCCGAACAAGGCUGGCCAAUGAUGCAAAGGCAGGUUCUAAAGGGGGUGAUAGGCAGUUCAACGGCAUUAUUGAUGUGUACCGCAAGACACUGGCAUCUGAUGGAAUUGCUGGUCUGUACAGAGGUUUUGUCAUUUCCUGCGUUGGUAUCAUUGUGUACCGUGGCUUCUAUUUUGGUCUGUAUGAUACCCUGAAGCCACUGCUGUUGGGUGAAGAUGCUGGACUGCUCAUCUCCUUUGUCUUGGGUUAUGGUGUAACAGUAUCUGCUGGCCUGGCCUCUUAUCCAAUUGACACCAUCCGUCGACGCAUGAUGAUGACAUCAGGAGAAGCAGUGAAGUACAAGGGUUCCAUUGACUGCACUGUGCAGAUCAUCAAGGGCGAGGGUUUCAUGUCCUUGAUGAAGGGUGCUGGAGCAAACAUCCUCCGUGGUAUGGCAGGUGCUGGUGUCCUGGCUGGCUUCGAUGAGUUCAAGAAAUUGUAUCUCAGUAUUCGCUUCAAGGAUGCCUAAAUUUUUUAACUAAUCUGACUGUAUCAGCUGAAUUACUGAGUGGAUAUUUUAACAGUUUUUGUGAUUUUCACUGAUGGGACAAGAUUUGCCUGACAUGUAAAUGUUGCAAACUAAACUUGUUGGUGUUUUUUGGAACAGCUAAAUAUGUAGUGUGAAAUGGUGCACAGUUAAAAAUGUCCCAAUUGUCGGAAAUGACUUAUUAAAAAAUAGUAAAGAUGUUGUG